AUGGAUGACUAUCAGGACACCUACACCUGUCCAUUGUGCGUUGACGGUAUACGGGAUCCUGUCACCAUUCCCUGUGGAGACACAUUUUGCCUAGAAUGCAUCAAGAUCUACUGGGACCAGUCCGAUCACACUGGCAUUUACAGCUGUCCCCAGUGUCGUGCCACUUUUACUCCGCGUCCGGUCCUGCGCCGAAAUACACCCAACGUGGGCAGCCUGGAGCCACGCACACUGCCCGAGCUCACCCCUUUCCCGUACCUCAGACGUGACGUGCUGUGUGACUUCUGCACGGGUCGGCGUAACCGCGCCGUAAAGUCCUGUUUAAUGUGUCUGGCCUACUACUGCGAGACGCACAUCAAACCGCACUAUGAGUCAGCCACUUUCAAACGGCACAAGCUGGUGGACGAGACGGGGCACCUGGACAGAAAGAUCUGCCCACAGCAUGAGAAAGGUCUGGAGCUCUUCUGUCGCUCCGAUCAGAUGUGCAUCUGCGUUCUGUGCACUGUGAGGGAACAUCGCAGCCACAACAUUGUCAGUUCUGAAGAAGAGCGCACAGAGAAACAGAAAGUCUUGGUUGUGACACAGUCAGAGAUUCAGCAUAUCAUUCAGGAGAGGAUGAAGGAGCUGCAGGAGCUCAGGCACAAUGUAGAUGUUCUCAAGGGUAAUGCUCACAGGGCCCAGGCGGACAGCGAUAAAAUCUUCACAGAGAUGCAGCAGGCCGUGGAACGCUGGCAUGCGGAGAUCAGCCAACUCAUUCAAGCAAAUCUGCAGUCAGCUAUGGCGCAGGCUCAGGGAUACGUGGAGCGGCUGGAGCAGGAGAUAAUGGAGCUCCAGCGUAGAGAUGCUGAACUGCGUCAGAUACUGGACACAGAGGAUAACAUCCACUUCCUGCAGAAUUUCCCCACCUUGUCUGUGGCCCCAGAGCCCAUGGUACCCAAAGUCCUGAUCAACCCGGAGUUCUCUUUUGGAGAGGUGACCAAGACAGUCACAGACAUGAAAGAACAUCUCGAUGACAUCUGUAAGAAAGAGCUGGGAAAUAUCUCCAAGAGAGUUAAUGACACACCGGUCUAUGUCCUGAUCCCAAGGACUGGGCGACUGAAAGGUUCCAUGAGAGUGGAUUUUCAGGAGCCUAAAAGCAGAGCAGAUUUCCUUCGAUACGCUUGCAGACUAACUUUUGACCCCAACACAGCCUUUAAAGAGCUGGUUCUGUCAGAUGGUAAUCGUAGGGUGACCCGAAAGAGAACCGUCCAGUACUAUGCAGAUAACCCAGAACGCUUCGACGGUUUCUGCCAGAUCCUGUGCGUGGAACCUCUGGAUGGAUUCCGUCACUACUGGGAGGCUGAGUGGACUGGGGAGUUCUCCAUUGGAGUGGCAUACAGAAGCAUCAGCCGCAAAGGCAAGAACUCCAACAGCCUGCUUGGUUACAACGACAAGUCCUGGAGUCUGCUCUGCUCAGACUCCGGCCACUCUGCCUGGCACAACAAAAUGGAUAAAGACCUUCCUGGGGUUGUCCGUGCCACAAGGAUCGGCGUGUAUCUGGACUACGCUGGAAACUCAGUGUCAUUCUACGCGGUUUCUGAAACCAUGGAGCUCGUCCACAAGUUCCAGGCGAAGUUCUCAGAGCCUCUGUAUGCAGGGUUUGGAGUGGGAUCAUCAGUUACACUGUGCACGGUGGAGAAGAACACGCGCACUUAUCGCUAA